AUGGUGAGGUUGAAAGGUGCAAAGGAAGAGUUGUUGCAAGGGGUGACAGACAGAUUUCAGGAAAGGAUUAUAAGCACACUUUUAGUCCUCUGUAAACAGUGGGAUAUUCAACAGCUUGACAUAAACAAUGCUUUUUUGCAUGGUUUUCUUGAUGAAGAAGUCUACAUGAAUCCUCCUCCUGGUUAUAAAAAGGCUCAACCUGGGCAGGACUUGGGUUCUUUGAAGUAUUUCUUGGGAAUUGAGGUUUCUAGAUCUGGUUCUGGUAUUUUUCUCAAUCAGAGGAAGUACAUUUUGGAUUUGUUAAGGGAUCAGAACAUGGAAAACUGUAAUGCUGCUCCUUUUCCUAUGUCAAAGGGUCUGAGGUUGAACAUGGAUAAUGGUGAUCUGUUGGGUGAUCCUGAAGUUUACAGAAGACUGAUUGGGAAGCUUUUGUAUCUUAAUAUGAGCAGGCCUGGUAUUUCAUAUGUGGUUCAGCAAAUAAGUCAGUUUUUGGGUGCUCCUAGGAAACCUCAUUUUGAUGCAGCCUUACAUGUUCUGAGGUAUCUCAAAGGAAGUCUGAAUUUUGGCUUAUUUUAUCCAACCAAUUCAGAUUUUGUUCUGACAGGUUAUAAUGAUGCUGACUGGGGUACUUGUUCAGAUUCAGGAAGAUCACUCACUGGUUAUUGUGUAUUUCUUGGAAAUUCUUUAAUUUCCUGGAAAACUAAGAAACAGAAAGUUGUUUCUAAGAGCUCAACAGAAGCAGAAUAUAGAAGCAUGAGUCAUACUGCUGAUGAAUUGAUUUGGUUGGAAAGAUUGCUUGCUGAAUUGGAUAUCACUAUUCCUACUCCUCUCACUUUGUAUUGUGACAAUGUUUCAGCUAUUCAUAUUGCUGAGAAUCCAUGUUUUCAUGAGAAAACUAAACACAUGAGAGGUAAAAGUCAGAAGAUUGAUGUGCAUUAUAUUAGGGAGCAGGUACAAUAUGGUUUUAUUCAGCUAAAGCAUGUUAGAUCUGUUCUUCAGUUGGCAGAUAUUAUGACAAAGCCUUUAGGCUCAGAUCAGCACAGGUUCUUGAGUUCGAAGAUUGGGUUGGUGAACAAUGCUCCUAUUCAAGAAUGGCCUGGUAUUUCACAACUGGCUCAUUCUUGA